UGCGCAAAGGCUUUCUGGAGUUGGCGGGGUAGGAAACAGCUAUGGUGUGAAGAGUGCUGCUUCUUUCUCACGUGCCCAGGAGUUGGGCGCGGUCUUUUUAGUCUGGGGGAGGGGAGAGGGCGGGAACAAGGAUGGGGGCCCGCGAGGGCUCCUCGAAUCGAUUGCGGUUGCUCGGGCCGGAAGCGUUGAUUGCUUCUGUCUGUUACUUAGAAAUGGCGGCGGCGGUGGAGGAGGCUAAGGUCCCGGUGGGAAGACAGAGGAGGGACGGCCGGGCCCAAGGGCCCGGCCGGGGCCGUGUCUUGUGCUGACUGAAAGCGCGGCCGGGAUUGGGUCCGGGACCAGAAUCGGGCCUGGGUCUGUGCCGGCCUGACCGGCCAUGGGGGAUCCCGGUGGCGGUGGCGGCGGCCGGGUCUUGUGCCUGCAGCGGGUGGGGAUGAGUGCCGAGUGGCUGCUGCUGGAGGAUCGCAGCGAGGUGACAGUUGGUCGAGGAUCUGACGUCACAUACCAGCUGCUUUCUAAAAUUUGUCCAUUGAUGAUUUCUCGAAACCAUUGUGUUUUCAAGCAGAAUGCUGAGGGCCAGUGGACAAUGAUGGACAACAAGAGUCUGAAUGGUGUUUGGCUGAACAAGGAACGCCUCGACCCUUUAAAGGCCUAUCCUAUCAAGGAGGGAGACCGAAUCCAGCUUGGAGUUCCACUAGAAAAUAAGGAGAAUGCAGAAUAUGAAUAUGAAGUAAUAGAAGAAGACUGGGAAAAGAUCCACCUAUGUCUUGCCCUGAGGAAUGAUAGGCCGGUAGUUAGGUGCUCAAGAACCAAAAGGAAAUGUAGUUUAGAGGAAUUGGAUAGCCCUGGAGCAGAGGGCUCGUCAGACUCCAGAUCCAAAGUUAUUAAAGUGUCCCACGACCAUGAGCAGUCAGGGAAGUCCUGUGGAAGAGCCGAAAUGGCCAAACAGACCGCUAAAAACAUGGACCGAAAGUUGGCUUUCCCUGGACCAAGUGGAGAGAGAACAACAGAGGAUGACCUUCCUGUUUCAGAAAAAGCAACAGUUCUGUGGAAUAAGAAGCACAAAGGCCCAAGCUUAUCACAGUCCCAGAAUAGCUUGGAUAUGCUUAAGAAGACAAUGGCCAGGAUUCUCAAGCUGAAGGUGAAAGUUCAAGAGAAGCAGGUGGCUGUUCUGAGUGUGAAGCAGCAGAGCCACAAGGGGGCCCAGAAGGAGAUUGUGAAGAUGGAGGAGGAGCUCCAGGAGUUACAAGAUCAGCUAUUUACAGAGCAGGUCCAGCAACAGCAGAGAGUGGAGCAGCUGGAGAAAAAUUUCCAGGAGAAGGAGCAACACUUAGAGGGUUUGGAGAAACAGCAUGGGGAAAAGGACCUGAAGGAGCAGCUGGCACAGGCCCUGCAGGAGCAUCACAUUCUCAUGGAAGAGUUAAGUCGGAGCAAGAAGGACUUUGAAGCAAUUAUUCAAGCCAAGAAUAAAGAGCUGGAGCAGACCAAGGAUAUGAUGCCACGGGUGAGAUCCAGCCUCACUCGCGACUCCAGGGGUUCCCGACAGGUGGCGAACGAUCAGUCAAAAAAAUAACAAACGGAAGACAGCUUAAUCAUUACAGCCAUGGGACUGCUUUGCAUCUGAUAGCUGCUCCACCAUCCCCAUGCUUGGUUUUUAUUUUUAUACCCAUUUUCUUGGCACACAGAUACAUUACCUAACACAGGUUCAAAGAGAGAUAAUUGGAAACAUGAUACAUUAACUUUUAACAAAUCACUUGAUUAACAUUCUAUAUUCUUGUAUUGUGAUUACAGACAGAAUAAAGGUUGUACACAAGAUAAAUGAUUUUAUCACAGGUGGCUUAAUUUUCUCAUUACCCUGUGAGAAGUUUUGAGUUUAAACAAUGAAGGAAAAUUACUUAUUACUUUUAAUAAAAUGGAAUAAUUAAUCAACAGUUCUUAAAAGACAAUUUAACAAUUGUAUCAUUGAGGUUGAGGGGUACUGGGAACACAAUUCAAAUUUAGACUGAUCAUUUCUCAGGGUUCUUUACUAGGGAGUUUAUAAGUUACUGAUUUGUAUAAUUGAGUCACUGAGGCAUAUUGAAGCUUGAUGUACUUGUACUUAUUGUAUGGACCUCUGUGAUUGAUUUGUGUGCUGGCUUCAUGAGAAUAGGUUUCUGUGAGUGGGAAAGUUUUGGGCUUGGCUGGUAGCUGCUGUUUCACUGGGAAUUAGCUAAGUAAAAGUUAACCCAUGAUAGUCUUUUGGAAUAGGGUUUGAGGGUCUGAUCUUUUGGUGAUAUUUUAGAGAAUUAGGGUAUAGGUAUUUGCUCUUACAUUAUUCCUUUUGAGACUAGAGGGAAAUAGUAAUCAUGUCAAUUCCAUAGGUAAGGGGCAUUGAUGAAAGAGGUCAUGCAAAGGGGACUGAGUGGGCAAUCACACCUUGCCAAGGGCCACUUUGUGGCCUCCUUAUCUACCAUAUGAGACUCUUUCAAGGCGUCAUGGCCUGAUGGCUCCCAGCAAUAUGCCUUGAUAAUAAAAUGUAAAUAAAAUGUCAGAGUCUAGUGAUAUUUAUGGCACUUGAAAAGUUGUCAGGUUAUAACUAUGUCACUGUGCCAAACAGCAUUUCAAAGCAAUGAGAGCACCACAUUCGGGCUUUGUCACAACUUCUGAACCCUGCUACUGUAGUAUGACAAUAGCAAUAGACAAUCUGUAGAUGAAUGAGUGAGGCUGUGUUCCAAGAAAACUUUAUUAAUGGACACUGAUAUUUGAAUUUCAUGUACUCCUUAACAUGCUAUGAAAUAUUAUUCCUUUUUUCUCAGCCAUUUAAAAAUGUAAAAACCAUUCCUAGCUCAUGGAUUUUUUGAAGACUGGCAGCAGGUUAGAUUUGGUCUGUGAGAUAUGUUUUGUUUAUCUCUAGUCCAGGCAAAGAGAGAAGGACAAUCUCUUUUCAGGGACUUCAGUAAGGAAAAGAAUGGGGAAUAGCAUAGUAGGAGUCUGAGUAUGAAAAGGAAAGAAAGAGUUUAUGAUGAAAGACCCCUUCACAAUUGAUGCUGACAGGGAAAGCUAAAUUCUGUGAAAAGGAUUUUUUGUUAUCUUAAAGGAAUAGUGGGUAAAAGUUGAGAAUUAAAAAAAUGAUUGUGGAUGGUCAGUAAACAUUUAGUGUCCAUUAUGGGCUAUGAACUGUGCUAAAUGCUGGGGAUAUAAAGAAGAGUGCAAAAGAUAGCCCCUCAAGUCUGAAGAAGGGCAAAUGUCUUGAUUAAAAAAAAAAGAAUAGAUAGAAUUUAUAUGAAAGGCUAGUGACCUUAACUUCAGUUUCUGGCAAUUACAAAUGGAUUGUUUAGUUAUAAACUUUUAUCUGUUUUAUUGAUAACUUCUGUUUUUGCCCCAUUUCUGACUGCCCCAUCUCCUCUACCCAAUGAGCCAUCCCUUAUAAUAUUUCUUUAAAAGGACUGUCUAAAGGUAUUCUCACCCCCUCUAGUUCCCCUUCCCCUUCUUCUGCAGUGAAGAGAGUAUGAUGUAUUUUCUGAAGCCUUCCCCAAGAUGAAACUUAGCCAUUAUCUUGAAUAGAUUAUUAAGAAGAUGGUUAUGUUGAAGAUGACAUCGUAGUUCAGUGAAAAGAAUGCAGGAUUUUAAAUCAGAGGAUAAGGUAAGGUACAAAUCCCAACUCUACUCCUUAUUGGCUCUGAAUCUAAGUUCCUGAAGGUCUAUAAAAAAGCAUGGUUUUCUGAGGAAUAAGUUAUGCCUCAAUAAUGUAUUUCUCUCUUUUUUUGACAGUUAUCAAACAGGUAGAUCAGGAUAAUACCAUAGCUAAUUCAACUAGAUUCCAGCAAAGUGUUCUUUUUUGGGGGGAAAGUUGGGGAAAUAUGGGCUAGAUAGUAAUAGUGUUAGAGGGAUUCAGAAUUAAUUAGUCAGAUCUAAAAGUAGCUAAUAUUGACUUGGCAGGAGGUCUCAAGUGGAAUACCUCUAGGAUUUGUGUGUGGCUCUGUGCAGUUAUUAAUAACCCUGUUGUUGAUGACUUGGACAAAGGCAGAGAUAGCAUGCUUAAUUUGAUUUCCAGAUGACAAAGCUAAAAGAUAUGAGAGAAUUGAGAUCCAAAAGGAUCUCUGAACAGGCUAGAACAUUAGAUUGAAUCUAAUAACAUGAAAUUUAAGUAUGAUAAUAAAAUCUUUCACUCAGGUUUAAAAAAUCCAUUUUACAAGUGCAAGAUUACUAACACAUAGUUAUAUAGCAAUUUGGCUGAAAAAAAGACAAAAUUUUUAGUGGAUUCAAUAUGAGUCAACAGAGAGAUGUGGAAGCCAAAGAAAAAGCUUGUGCAGUCUUGGAUUACAUUGAAGGGAAUAGCUUCCUGGAUUGAGAAAGUGAUAGUUCUACCAUAUUCCUUCCUUCAAGUCACAUCUAGAGUAUUAUGGUCUUUUCUGGGUGCCACAAUUUGUGAUGAUGAUGAUAUGAAGUAUCCGGAGAACAGCAAAUGGAGCCUUCAUUUCAUACUAAAGGAGGAUUUGUUGAAGAAAUACUUGGAGAUGAGAGAUAAAUGGUUGGGGAAGAGGGAGUACAAUAUUUGAAGAACUAUAAUGUGGAAGGAGGAUUUGAUUUGUUCUACUUGACUCUGGAAGACAGAAGCAACAGAUUUGGAGCAACAGAUACAAAAAAAGUCUAUUUAGGUUUGAUGUUAAGAAAAACUCCCUAGCAAUUAAAGCUAUCUUAGGGGGAAGAUGCUCCCAUAGAGGGUGUCUUCUUUCUCAUCAAAAGCUUUCAAGCAGAAGUCAAAUGAUCACUUAUCAGGUAUGUUAUAGUAAGGAUUCAUUUUUACAUUGUAGGUUGAAUUAAAUGUAUGCUGAAAAGCCCUUCCAGUUUCAAAACUCUGUGUUUCUUUGACUAUUUCCAAAUACACCUUUUUAAAAAAUUGUUAGCCUUGAGACCAGCAUUUGUGUUCUGUCUUGGUAUCUAUGUAUCCUAAGUUAUUCAUACUUUUUUACACUUUAAAAAAAUAAUAUUUUAUUGAAUCUUUUUUUUCCACAUCAGUCACUUCCCAAUAGAAUUCUCCAUUGUAACAGAAAUAAAAUGAAGCAACUCAUUGACCAUAAAUAUCUGACAAUAUAUGCUUCAAUCUGUUUAUCUUUAAUAAAUGUUUAUUGAUUUUUUUACAGCACCAUAAUUUCUCCUAAUAUCCAUUCCCUUUCCCUUCCCAGAAAGCCAUUCCAUAUCACAAAUAAUAUUUUUAAUAUUAAAAAAGAAGAGGGAAAAAUUUGCAUAAUUGGUCAACACAUUGAAAAAAUCUGAAUAUUUAUUUAUGCACUAUAAAAUGCUGCCUUCAUUUUUGGACCAUAUGUAUUCUUUGUUACUUUCCAGCAUUAGUUUGUAUGGGUCUUUCCAUGUGCUUUUAUAUUAUCACCUUCAUUGUUUCUUAGAGCAUUAACUACAUCCAUAAGCCCAAGUUUAAGUAGCCAUUUGCCAUUUUUUGGGUAUCUGCUUUCUUUCCAAUUCUUUGCUCUCACAAAAAAUGCUACUAUAAAUAUUUUGGUUUAUAUACUUUCUUGUCAUUGGACUCUUUAAGUCUUAAGUUUAGUAAUAGAAUUUUCAUAAUUCCAAAUUGCUUUCCAAAAUAAUUGUACUGAUUCACAGCUCUACAAGCAGUUCACUUAUGAGCCUCUUUUCCUAUAAUCCCUCCACCAUUGACUAUUCACCAAUUUGCAGAGUAUGAGAUAAAUCACAGUUUUGAUAUAUAUUUCUUUUAUUAUUAAUGAAUUGAAGCAUUAUUUCAUAUGAUUGUCUAUAGUUUGCAAUUCUUUUGUUUAUCUUUUGAAUAAAUAUGUGCAUAUUCAUAUUCA